UCAGAUACGAUUUGGCAACUGGCAACGCUGGUAUACCUUCGUCGCUUGUGAAAAAAGGAAAAGAAAAAUUACGAGAAAAUUUGCUUUUUAUAUCAAACGCAGAAAUUGUUGCUUCAAUUGGGGCAAAAUUUCUAACUAGCACACGCCAAGUGCCAGACUCAUUGCAGGCAAUCCAAUUUGCACAAAAAAAUAUAAUAAUUUUCCUUCACCCCCGAGUACUAAUAAAGCCGUCAAAAUUGAAUCGACAAAGAUUGACGAGACUUUUUCUUCCACCACAACUGCGAUGGAAGAUAAAGCAACAACAACAAAAGAUCUUGAUCAAUGGAUUGAGCAGUUGAACGAAUGCAAUCAAUUGACAGAGACACAAGUGCGGACCCUCUGCGAAAAGGCCAAGGAGAUUCUCUCAAAGGAGUCAAAUGUGCAAGAGGUAAAAUGUCCUGUCACAGUUUGCGGCGAUGUACAUGGCCAGUUCCAUGAUCUGAUGGAACUAUUCCGGAUAGGUGGCAAAUCGCCAGAUACAAACUAUCUGUUCAUGGGCGACUAUGUGGAUCGUGGCUAUUAUUCGGUGGAGACAGUGACCCUGUUAGUGGCACUUAAAGUGCGAUAUCGUGAACGCAUUACCAUAUUGCGUGGCAAUCACGAAUCGCGCCAGAUCACACAGGUCUAUGGCUUCUAUGAUGAAUGCCUGCGGAAGUAUGGCAAUGCCAAUGUGUGGAAAUAUUUUACCGAUCUGUUCGAUUACUUGCCAUUGACCGCGCUGGUAGAUGGGCAAAUCUUUUGCCUGCACGGCGGCUUAAGUCCAUCAAUUGACAGUCUGGAUCAUAUUCGCGCAUUGGAUCGCUUGCAGGAGGUGCCACAUGAAGGACCCAUGUGCGAUUUGCUAUGGUCCGAUCCCGAUGAUAGGGGCGGCUGGGGUAUUUCGCCUCGUGGCGCUGGCUACACUUUCGGACAGGACAUUUCGGAAACAUUUAACAACACAAACGGACUCACAUUGGUCUCGCGUGCCCAUCAACUGGUUAUGGAGGGCUACAAUUGGUGUCAUGAUCGGAAUGUUGUCACAAUAUUCUCUGCGCCAAAUUAUUGCUAUAGAUGUGGUAACCAAGCGGCUCUUAUGGAACUUGAUGAUUCACUUAAAUUUUCAUUCCUACAAUUUGACCCAGCACCGAGGCGCGGCGAGCCUCAUGUUACACGAAGAACACCCGAUUAUUUCCUUUAAGCUGUAUUGCUCGCACACACACACACACACAAACACAAGAAAACCAAUCAACACACACACACGAACACACAUAUUACAUCGCAUUAUAACAACAACAACAAAUAUAAACCAACAAAAAAGAAAAAGAAAAAACAAAAGUUUAAAAAAUAAACACAAAAACAACCAAGCAACGGCAAUGCGAGCUGUUACAAUAGCCAGAACAACAUUCAUUGCAACAAUUA